AUGGGCAUGUGGGGAGCCACAGCGCUGGGAAUUCUCAUCGGCUACCGUCCUCCGAAACGACAUACGCGUCUUGACCAUCUUUCAUUCUGGCAGAAACUGGGUCAUCUCGACCUUCCUGGAUGCGGUCUGCUCACAGCCGGUCUAUCACUGUUCCUGACCGGCCUCAAUCUCGGUGGCGGGCUGUACAGCUGGCUCAAUGUGCGCACAAUAAGCACUUUGAUCACUGGGAUCGUGAUCCUUAUCAGCUUCGGCAUCUACGAAUGGAAGGGUACCCAGACGGGCAUCCUGCACCACGAUCUCUUCAAGGGAGGAAAGGCCCAAGGGCGGACGUUCGCCGUCUGCCUGGGCCUAAUCUUCAUCGAGGGGGUCAUGUUGUUCUCGUUCAUUGUCUUUUACCCAGUCAUGUCCACCAAUCUCUUCGCAACAGAUCCCUUGCAGGUCGCCGCGCGCUCCAUGCCCUUCUGGGUCUGCGGCUGCCUGUCCACCGUGGCAUGGGGCAUGGCGAGCACGCGGUUCCGCACGAUCCGCGAACCCCUGUUCCUCGGCUACCUCCUGUUCACGGCGGGCGUGGUCGGCUGGGCCACCAUCCAGCCCGACGACGGACUCACACAGCUCUGUCUCGGCGGCCUGGCCGGCUUCGGGUUCGGCGCGCCACUGAUCCUCAUCAUCUCCGGCGUCCAGCUGGCCACACCGCACCGACUGAUCGCGACAGCCACGGCCGUCACCACCUCGUCCCGAGCCGUCGCAGCCACUGUCUUCACGGCCAUCUAUUCGGCAGCCCUGAACAGCAGACUCGACACGAACAUUCCCAAACAAGUGGGUGCCGCCACCCUCCAGGCCGGUCUGCCUGCCAGUUCGAUCGGGGCGUUCGUCACCGCUCUUGUGGCGAACGACAGGGCCGCUCUGGGCGCUGUCCCUGGUGUAUCGUCUGACAUUGUGAGCGUGGGGGUUGUGGCUUUGAAACAGGCCUUCGCGGACUCGCUGUGCGUCGUGUAUAUCAUUGCCGCGCCUUUCGGGGCCGUGGCUUGCGUUGCCUGUUUCUUUCUCGGGGAUCUGCGCAACACUAUGAAUUAUCGUGUCGAUGCGCCUGUGGAGGACCUUCAUGCGAAGCAGCAUCAUGAGGCUCACGGUGAUGGUCAUGGUAAUCAGCGAAUCGGCGGUGCUUAG